GUGUCCAUGAUGCAUGACUAUGGUAAUUUGCCACUUACAGAACAAAUGGUUGAUAAUGCUUUGAUGGUUGAUGAACGAAAAAUUCAGCAGAUAGAAGAAUCAACAAGAGGACAGAGCAAAAACACCAAAUGGUUUGAGGCGAGGGAGUGGAGACUGACUGCAUCACGAUUUGGAGAAGUCUGCAGAGCUACUUGUCGACGCAAUACGAGUAAAUUAUGUUGUUCUAUUUUAUGUUCAAAUAUCAAAACGAAAGCCAUUCUUCAUGGGAAAAAUUAUGAAAAAAAAGCGUUGAAAUUGUUUGAAAACAAGUUGGGUAUAAAAACUAGAGAAUGUGGGCUUUUUGUCUGUUUAGACUAUCCAUAUUUGGGAGCAUCCCCUGAUGCAGUUGUAGAUGAUUCUGCAAUUGUUGAGGUCAAAUGCUCCUACAGUGGUAAAAAUGAUAUGGUCAAACCAGGAGGUCACUUUAAGUAUCUUACGACUGAUGACAAUGGAAAUAUUGCACUGAAAAAGUCACAUAGUUAUUAUGAUCAAAUACAGGGUCAGCUGUACAUAAGCAAAAGAGAAGUUUGUUAUUUUGUUGUUUUUACUCUGAAGGAUCUUUUUGUACAGAAAAUUCAUCUAGACAAACAUUAUUGUGAAAAUUCUUUGCUGCCAAAGUUGAAAGUAUUUUUUGAGAAAUAUUACAGGCCAUUCAUAGCAUCAAAAUUAUGAGCAUACACCUGAGAUUUGUACUGCCCUAUUUGCAUAUCAAAUAUAUGAAAUGUAUUUACAUGUACAUGUAUUAUAUGAUAUGAUGAUGUCGAUUUGUCUCUGUCUUGUGGGCAAGAUACAAACAGAACUGAAGCUCCAAGAUUUUGAAGUUUGAUAUAUUUGAUCAUUUAUUAUAACCCUGUUGUAAUUUUUUUUCUAUGCCAUGCAGACCAUUAAGGGGUUAGUUUUUUUUUUCUGUUAAGAAACACAAGUGAAUUUGUUCAUAUGUUUUUAUGCUUGUGAAAUCUUUGUUCAGAAAAUUUUUAGACACACAUUUUUGUAGACAAAAACUGUUGUUGAAGUUAAAGAUUAAUGCAUUUUUUAAAGGAAUUUUUUUCUUAUGAUAUCAAUACAACUGA